GGUAAUGUGGUGGAAAUGCUAUCUCAGUUUGAGAAGGUGGAGAAGAUUGGUGAAGGGACGUAUGGAGUCGUUUACAAGGCUCGAGACCGACAAACAAAUGAGAUGAUUGCUAUUAAGAAGAUCCGGAUAAAAGAGGAGGAUGAGGGAAUCCCCGGCUUUGUCAUCAGAGAGGUCUCACUAUUAAAGGAAAUGCAUCAUUGUAACAUAGUCAGGUUGCUUGAUGUAGGGGUCUCUGAGAGAAGUGUAUAUCUAAUUUUUGAGUAUCUGGACUUGGACUUGAAGAAGCACAUGGAUUCUUGUCAAACAUUUUCAGAAGACCAUCGUUUAAUGAAGAAAUUUCUAUACCAAAUUUUAAGUGGUAUUGAGUACUGCCAUUCUCAUAGGGUUCUUCACCGUGAUCUAAAACCUCGGAAUUUGCUGAUUGACCUGCAAACUAACACCAUAAAAAUUGCCGAUUUCGGAUUGGGUAGGGCAUUUGAUAUUCCUGUCCAGACAUUGACCAAUGAGGUUGUUACCCUGGCGUAUAGAGCACCGGAAAUUCUUCUUGGGUCUCGCCACUAUUCUACUCCAGUCGACUUAUGGUCGAUAGGUUGUAUUUUUGUAGAAAUGGUGAAUCGAUGCCCACUGUUCUGUGGAGAUUCGGAGAUUUCUCAGUUGUUCAAAAUUUUCAGAGUUUUAGGUACUCCUAAUGAAGAAACUUGGUCAGGGGUUACAUCAUUACCUCACUUCAAGUGUUCUUUUCCCAAAUGGGAUCCUAUGGAUCUGGCAGCACUGGUGCCAAAUCUUGAACCAGUAGGUGUCGACCUUCUCUCAAAAAUGCUCUGUUUGGAACCAGGAAGGAGAAUCACAGCUCGCAAAGCUCUUGAACAUGAGUACUUCAAGGAUCUUGAGAUGGUACCAUAACCUGAAUUUUCUCACUCAAAUUUAUAUGAUCUUUAGAAAUCCAUAUUACUAGGUACAAUUCUUUGUAAAGAAAGUGUUCAUUUGGUGUAUUCUUCCCACAUGUUUGCCUUGAAAGCACAACUAAACUUGAUUGCUUGGGAACACCUACUCGAAGUCUCCUUUUCAGUUCUUCCUGACUCGGACUAUUCAAUACGCUAUCCCCCAUUUGAUAUACUAUUUUUAAAAUUUUAAAUAUUUUAUAUGGCACUCAAAAGCAAAUACAUCACAGCAUGCUUUAUCUAACUAUAACCAGAAAGCAAUAUAUUUAUUCCCUCAUCUUUAAGUAGUAACUCAACUUGCUCAAGUAAUCUCUUGUUCCAUUCCUUCUUCCUGGUAGCUUUAUACUGCUAAUGCACUUUAUAUUUUGAUUUAACUGGAAAAGCAAAAGUUACUGUGCAUUAUUUUGAUAUAUGGGGGACAAACAAGAGAGAGAGAUUAUUGCUUGUAUGGAUGGUCCCAAAUAUGUUGGAGGGAGGCUACCGUCGUUAAGUUUCUGAUGCUUCCGGGGACAACCUCUGAAACGUGCUUCUUAUGAUUCAUAGCAUCAAAAGAAAUGAGAACCCCACUUUCUGCAAAGAGUCCGAGACAUGCUUUGUUGAUGUCUUCUUGAAUGUGCUACCAUGGCUGCCCUCCCUAGCAGAGCUCUGCUAUUUCUUUCUCCUCAGAAAUGUGUCCUAAAAGUAUUUUACCAUGUUAUCAUGUCUGUUGGAAUUAUUAAAUGAGGUUCUAAU